AUGGAAAUACAUGCGGCUCAGGCAGCACGCGAGCGGGAACAGCGCAUUAGGUGCGUGGAGGAGAUACUUUUGCGCAUUGCAUCGCACGAAGGUGUGUUGGGCUAUCUUGUGCUGAACCCUAUUGAUGGAAGCAUCUUCAAACACUCCGGUUUUGGUGGAGACGCGAAAAAAAUGCAAAAGUAUGCAGAGAAGGUUAAUGAUCUCACAAAAUUGGCGUACUCGACGGUCCGAACGAUUGAUUGGAAAGAUGAUCUCACCUUUCUUCGUCUAAGUGUUGGUCUAACUGACAUUCUGGUUGCACCGGAUGUGGAAAAACGCUAUGUAUUGGUUGUAGUACAGGAGAUCAAACAAUGA